AGAUGGCGAUGGUGCGUUCGGCGAUGGCAUGGGUGGCCCGUAGCCACCAACCCGCCUCCCUUCCGGCGCGGGCAGCCUCGGAGCUGUCUCUCCCCUCCGCUGGAUGUCGGCGCCCAGCGGCGGACCACAUGACCAAGCGCUACCUCUCCGACGGCAAGUCUGAGUGUGGGCUGGUGGGCAACUUGAGACAGAAGUACUUUAAGGUUGAUGGGUGCUACCACCAGGCGGACUCAUCCAUCCUUAUGUUGCACACUGCUAACGGAAUUGAUGCUCUCAGCAAGGAUUUAACUGCACUCAAACGCAAGGCUUUGGUCCCUGCAGUCUGUAUCACCACAUUUUUUGGGGUUAUGUGCUGGCACAGCUAUACCUUGCAGAAGAAUUUGGAAAUUCAAAAAAAGAAAUGCUCGGAAAUACAAAACGAAAUUGAGGAUCUCUUUGAUAGAGCAUCAGCGGUUGGGAUCACCUUCCCGAUACAUAUUCGUCUGCCACGAGAUGUUCAUCACAAAGGCAAACUGAAUGAUGAGUCUGUUCACUAGGGCACUUAGCCUAACUAAUGCCAAAUCUAUUUUCUAUUUCAUGUAAUUCGUGACAUGGACAAUGAAGGCAUGCAACUGAGACCCCUGUAACUAAUAUUUAUGUAGGUGUUUGCUUCGGAUUAUUUGGUAUUUUAAAUGAUGGUGUUGGACAUUUAGAGAC